AUGAGUGAAGACAACGACUCCAGUGUGCUUAUCCACGAGGAAGAAAACAAAGAGCAAGAGUUCGACGAUUACGAAAACACUAUUGACACCAUUGUUGGGACAAAAGUGACAACCACUACAUUCACACUUCUAUCUCUCUUCGUUUUUUUGACAGCCGCUGUCAUUCUUGUUCUUUUCGAUCCAAAUCGUGUUUUGUGCUCAGUGAUUUGUUUGAUUUUCGUGGUGAUGUUGCCGAUAAUCUCGGUUCGAAUUGACGGUAUCCUUCAAGGGAAUGUAGUGUAUUAUUUCAUCCCAAUAUUUGUGAUGGAAAUUUUAAAUAGUUCACUUCGAGUGUCAGACUAUUACAAAGCGAUUCCAACAUACGUCAUCCGCAAAGAAUCGUUUGGCCAUGACUUCUCCUUUGGGUGUAUGCUGGCCUCAGACAUCUUCAGAAUGCUUUUUGAAGUCUUUUUGUGUCUCACCAUACGAACUGUAUCGAUAUUUGGAAACAAUUACCUUUACUGUGGAAGUUUUCUCAUAUUGUCUCUCAUAUUUUAUUUCAUAAGUUUCCUCUUUUUCAGAGAGACAACUGCACGGACAGGACUUGUCUUCAUCUCAUUACGUGGGCUUUUCGUCCUAUUUUCGAUUGCACAGAUUUUGAUGAUCUGCUUUAAUGUUGGACAGUUUAAGCAUUACUCAAAAUUUGUCGCGUCGAUUCCCGUUCUCAUAUACCUUGUAAUCAUCCACGUCCUUUUUAUUGCGUCGCCAGUGUUGUACUUUUCUCUCUUCAAAAAGAUCAAUUCGUUGAAUGUGCCGCAAUUCAAAGAGUCUUUCUUACACCAAAAUUGA